AUGGAGAACAGGACAGAGGUGACCGAGUUCCUCCUGCUGGGACUCACCGAUGACCCACACCUGCGGCUUCCCCUCUUCAUCACCUUCCUCCUCAUCUACACCAUCACCGUGGCUGCGAACCUGGGGAUGCUCCUGCUGAUCCUCCUGGACCCUCGUCUGCACACUCCCAUGUACUAUUUCCUGGGUAACCUGUCCCUGGUGGAUUUCUGUUACUCCUCAGUUGUCACUCCCUCGGUCAUAACUGGGCUCCUUACAGGGAACAAGGUCAUUUCCUACAAUGCCUGUGCUGCACAGAUGUUCCUGUUUGCAGCCCUCAUUUGUGUGGAAAAUUACCUGUUCACUGCCAUGGCCUAUGACCGCUAUGCAGCAGUGUGCAAGCCCCUGCACUACACCACCACCAUGAGGAGCAGUGUGUGUGCAGGUCUCGUCAUGGGCUGCUAUGUUGUUGGUUUACUGAAUGCCUGCAUCCACACUGGGAACACAUUCAGUCUCUCCUUCUGUAACUCCAAUACCAUCCAUCAUUUUUUCUGUGAUGUUCCUGCAGUGAUGGCUCUCUCCUGCUCUGGCAAACAGGUUAGUGAGCUCAUUCUUAUUUAUCUUGUGAGCUUCCAUAUCUUUUUUGCCAUCCUGGCUAUUUCAACAUCCUACAUCUUCAUUUUUGGCACCAUUCUAAAGAUGCACUCAGCUGCGGGACAUCGCAAGGCUCUGUCCACCUGUGCCUCCCACUUCAUUGCCGUCACCAUCUUCUACGUCACUACGAUGUUCAUGUACCUGCAGCCGACAUCCAGUCUCUCAAUGGACACUGCCAAAAUUGCCUCUGUGUUCUAUACUAUAGUUAUUCCCAUGCUGAACCCUAUGGUCUACAGUCUGAGGAACAAGGAGGUCAAGAGAGCAUUCUUAAAGGUCAAGAGUGAGUUGAUUUUUUGGAGCCCCACUAAGUGUAGGAUUUUCAUUGUAACUUUGUGA